UUUGCCAAACGAACUCCAUCCCUGAACAUAUACAUAUAUCGAAUAUUGUAUUUUGGAAAGGGACAAAAAUAAGAAGAUUUAAUCUCAAUAAACAACCCAGAGAGGAAUAAAAGAGAAUUUCAAUAAGAGCAAACAAACACAACCCUCAAUGCCCCUUCAGUAUCACACGCACACGCACAAGCACAAGCACAAGCACAAGCACACGCACUGCAAGUAUACAUAAAUCUGAAAGAAAAAAAUUCCUCUUCAACUUUUGUAUUUCUAGUUGAAAGUCUUGAAAUUUAAAGUUUCAAGGCUGCAAUCUCCCGAAUCUUGAUUAUGAUUGGGUUUUGCAGGGGCUGCACAUAGAUUCAGCUUAGUGAUGACUUGAGAUUCUUAUUUUUUUAUUACAAGAAUUUUACUUUUUCCAGUCCAUCUGGGAUUGUUGUCUGCAUGCAUAUAUUGAGUUGUGGUGGUGGAAAUUGAGGGUAAAAAAUGGAUCUUGGAGUGAAAUCCACGCCUUUCACAAGCUCUAAUGCUUCUUGGAAGUCCGGCGCCGACGCCGUUCCCGGCCAAUUUCCGGCGGGAUUGAAAGUUCUUGUUGUUGAUGAUGACCCCACUUGUUUGAGAAUCUUGGAGAAGAUGCUAAAAAAUUGUUUGUAUGAAGUUACAACUUGCAAUCGAGCAGAGGUUGCUCUGAACUUUCUCCGAGAUAACAAAAAUGGCUGUGACAUUGUGAUAAGUGAUGUGCAUAUGCCCGAUAUGGAUGGUUUCAAGCUCCUCGAGCACGUUGGGCUCGAGAUGGAUCUGCCCGUUAUCAUGAUGUCUGCAGAUGAUAGCAAACAGGUAGUAAUGAAGGGUGUUACACACGGUGCUUGUGACUAUCUCAUUAAGCCGGUUCGUAUUGAGGCUUUGAAGAACAUAUGGCAACAUGUGGUUCGUAAAAAGAAGCACGAGUGGAGGGAGAAGGAUUUGGAGCAUUCAGGGAGUGUGGAGGAGGGGGAGCGACAGCAAAAACCCCAUGAAGACGUUGAUUGCUCCUCUUCGGUGAAUGAAGGGAAUUGGAAAAACUCGAAGAAAAGGAAGGAUGAGGAAGAUGAGGCGGAAGAAAGGGAUGAUACAUCUGCGUUGAAGAAGCCAAGGGUUGUCUGGUCAGUUGAGCUCCAUCAGCAGUUUGUAACCGCUGUUAAUCAGCUUGGAAUCGACAAGGCUGUUCCGAAGAAAAUCCUGGAAUUAAUGAAUGUUCCUGGCCUUACAAGAGAGAAUGUUGCAAGCCAUCUUCAGAAGUACCGCCUCUAUCUUAGAAGGCUGAGUGGCAUAUCACAGCACCACAACGGUCUUGGUAGCUCGUUUAUGGGGCCCACGGAUACCCAAUUCGGCCAGAUGUCUUCUCUCAACGGUGUUGAUCUUCAAGCUCUUGCCGCUUCUGGUCAGAUCCCACACCAGAGUCUUGCAUCUAUGCAGGCAGCUGCACUUGGCCGGGCCACCUCAAAGUCGGCCGUACCUUUGCCUCUUGUCGAUCAGAGAAAUGUUUUCAACUUUGAAAAUCCAAAGUUAAGGUUUGUGGAAGCUCAACACGAGAGCAGCAAGCAAGUGAACUUACUUCAUGGGAUCCCGACAAAUAUGGACUCAAAACAGCUGGCCACUCUUCACCAAUCUGUGCUUGGUAACAUGAAUAUGCACAUCCACUCCCAGACGAGCCAGAGCAGCUCGUUGCUGAUGCAGAUGGCUCAGCUUCAACCGCAGUCGAGGACUCAGAUCUUAAAUGAGAUAAAUGGAAUUGAAAACAUUCGUGGGCCGCAUUAUACUUCUGUUCCCAAGCCAUCUACUUCCGCGGACUUCUCGAGUCAGAGCACAGAGUUUUUGGGAAAUGAUUACUUCCCGACUUCGAGUAAUUCUGGAAUGUCGAGCACUGAGAUGAAAGAAUCAAGAGGUUUCCUUCCCAACUACGACGUCCUCAACAAUCUGAAUCAGAAUAGGAGCCAGGAGUGGCGUUUGCGGAACGCUGGAUCGACCUUUGGGCCGCCGCGACAGUCGAAUAUACAAGGAGGGUUGGAUGCUUCACCAUCUCUUUCAAUGAGUGGACAAAGCAGGAUCUCGUCUGCUAAUAAGGCGGCCCUCUCUCUUGCCGAGGGACGCAGCCACACACCAAACGUCACUCAGCACCUUAACUUCCCGGCUUCUGACAAAUCAUUAAGGAACAAGGCUGAAAGACCACCCGGAAUUGGCUUCCAAAACAACCUCUUGCACGAAUGUUUUGGCCAGGAAGACCUCAUGAGCGCACUCCUUAAGCAGCAGCAAGAAGGAAUGGUUGUCCCCAUUGAGGCCGAGUUCGGAUUCGAUGGUUACCAGCUGGAUAACCUCCCCGUGUAACGCCCUGGUGUUCUAUAGCUUAGAGUGAGUUUGUACAUAGUUCAUAGUUGCAUGACACAGCUAAGAUUAGCCUUUUGCCAAUGAGGUCUAGAAAUUCUUGAAUCUCUUCGUUUUUCCGAAAAAGUUAUUGCGUCCACUGCUAGGGUUAGAAUCUUAGUGCUUUGUUACCUCUUAUUGUGAUUUGGAACCAGAGACGUGGGACUCGAGUGGAUCAUUGGGGUGUUGAAGGUGUGGGACAAACGUGCUUGAUUCCACGGCAUGAUACGCGAAGCGUACCAUAUAAAAAUUUUGAUUGCUUUAGGUUUAGGGUGAGUUAUAGUUGUGAAAAGAUUGCGAGGGAGGUGGUGAUGAUUUAAUGGUGCUCUACUGCAGGUGUUGUGGGAUAAUCUACUCUCUAUUCAAAUAAGUUGGUAUGAUAUAUGAAUGUAGUAUAAAGAUUCAUUCAUUUAAUUUUUCAACAAUGCAAAUCUUGUUGUUCUUACA